AUGUUACAAGUAUUUUUGGAUAUUUUUAAUGAAUUAGGCCUUGUUCUUGAUAGUAUAAAUUUAAACGAAUAUUUGUUGUUGGAUAAAGAGUUUUUAGAACAAUUAUGUUCAUUUCUGAAAGUGUUCGAUGACGUAAUCGAACAACUUAGUGAUGAUAAACGACCAAAAAUCUAUAUAGUUCUUCCACUUCGUCAACGAUUACUUAACGAAUACGAAGUAGCACCGAACGAUUGUGAUGGCUUAGAAGAAAUGAGGGUUUUCUUAUCUCGACAUCUUACAACUGUAUGGGUUUUGCAGGACGUUCACUAUAUUUCAUGUUUGCUUCACCCAUCUUUAAAACAACUUCAAAUCGCUCCUCAUGAAAAAUCUAAAGCUGUAGAUUUAAUUAAAGCUGAAUUGUUAAAAUGUCAAUCAUCUACAUAUUCUGGAUCAUCAAUUAUGAAUAUAACGCCUUGUUCUUCAACAAAGUCUUCAACAACAUCAAAAUCACAACAACUUACACCAACAACACAAAAUAUUCUUUUAGAAUGCUUUUAUCAUCGUGCUGAAGAUGAAGAUCUAGUAUUAGUUCCAUCACCAGAGGAGGAAUUAACACAGUAUUUGUCUUCAAAUAUUACAGUGGGACCUAUUGGUGAUGUCUUAUUGUUUUGGAAAAAACAUCAGAAUACAUUUCCAACUCCCGCUUCAAUAGUAAAAACUAUUUAUAAUAUUCCAGUUUCUAAUACUACAGUCGAGCGUUUGUUUUCUACAGCUGGUAAUACUAUUUCUGAUCGACGAACAAACUUAGAUGGCGAAAAGGUGAAUAAAUUACUUUUUCUUAAUAAAAAUCUAGUGACAUUAAAAGAAUUUGAUCGUCAAAAAUUGUUAUUCAUGCAUGAAAAACGAAAACUAGAUCAAAUGUUAUUGGCUUUGUCACCAACAAACUCGAACAACGUCGAUGCCAACGAUGGUGACGAAGAAGAAUUAUUUUUUUCUUCAUCAACAACAAAAACAGCUCGAACUCGAACGUUUGAUAAUAAUCAAUUUAGUGAUGAGAAAAUCAUUAACGAACAUAGUGAGAGCGUCGACGAACAAGAAUAA